AUGGAGCCACGUAAUUACACUAUCCUUGAUGAUAACGGCACUAUAGAACACAUCACAAACCACACCAACGGUGAGCUCCAAGAUUCUCACAAUCCGCAGGCUAAAGUCGGGGUUCUUUAUGCCACGUUCAUACUUGUGGUUGCUAUCACCGCCAUCGUGUUAAAUGCUCUCAUAAUUAACGUAUACAUCAGGUUUGACUUUCUGCAGACGCAAAGGAACUACUUCAUCAUUAAUCUGGCAUGCACCGAUACAUUAGUAGCGGUCGCAGGUGGAGCAGGUAUAUUCUCCAGAGCCUUCGUACCUGAGUUUAAUCAACUAUUUUGUGGUAUAUUCGUUUUUGUCGCCGGCAGCUCAGUUCCUGCGUCAAUACUGACGAUUGGACUUGCGACGUUGGACCGCUACAUAGCCAUCGUCCAUCCGCUUCGUUAUAACCAGCUGAUGACUCCUAGAGCAGCGAAACUCAUGUUGUUGUUCGUCUGGCUGUGUACAUCUGUGUACGGCUUAAUAGUCAUGGUUCAGGCGUUCAUAAGAUGGCGACCAGGAACGCUAUGUGUUGUUGAUAUGAUAAGCUAUAAAGGGGUGAUGCGCUAUGUCGCUAUCAACUACAUGGGCGUGUUACUGUUCAUGACGUACGCGUACGUCGUUAUAGGUCGGAUCAUGAUUGACCACAGCCGACGUGUUGCCGCAGCAACAAAUCAAGCGCAGCUUCAACAACUGCCCAGCCUCGCUGGAACGUUUAAAGCAGCCAAACUCAUCCUGACUGUCGUUGGCGUGUCCUACUUACUAAUAAGUCCCAAUAUUUUACACAUGAUUCUGGCGACGACUAUCAUUGCAGAAACACACCCGCAGUCGCUCGCUACUCUACGCCAGGUACGCAAUGCAGCUAUUAUGGUGAACAUGUUUCUGAAUCCUAUCAUGUACUUCAUGAAGUAUGAUGAGUUUAAGGUGGCAAUGAGAAAGCUUUUCGGUAGAUGCGGAGCAAGCGUUGAACCAACAACAACUCACGCGCCGCACAUCAUAGAGGAUGUGGCUCAGGUAGGUGGACAGAUAUCAGAAACAGAAGCAGGACAAAUGUCAGACAGUGGAGGACAGGCGUCACACAGUAGAGCAAAGGUGUCACACACAGGAGGACAAAUUUCACACGGAGACGGACAAGUGUCAAACGAAGAAGGGCAAGUAUCACACAGUGGAGGACAAGUGACACACAUACAAGGACAGGUGACACACAGAGAAGAACAUAUGUCACCCACAGGGGAACAGGUCUCACACAUAAGAGGACAGGUAUCUGGUAAGGCAGGAGAGCAGAUGCCCGAAAGAGAAGAGAUUCCAGACGGAGAAGGCGCGAGGCUAGAUGGAGUCGAGACUAUGUAUGAAAUAGAGGGAUAG